GCUCUGGGGCCGGUACCUGCGCGCCCACGCCCCGCGUUCCUAGCUCCGCGCCCCGCGCGCCUCCAAGCGUUGGGGGUUUGUCCUUCGCCGCGGUCAUGUCCACCGGCCGGCCCCGGCAGCCCCGCGCGGCCCAGGUCUCCGCGCCCACGCUGGGCCGGCGCCCUGGGCCAUGAUCCGGCUGGGCGGCUGGUGCGCGCGGCGGCCCCGUGGCGCGGCGGUUCCCGCGGGACGGCGCGGGGCGGCGGGCAGGCCGGGCCUGGCGGGCGGCCGCGCCCUGCGGGUGCUGGUGGACAUGGAUGGCGUGCUGGCCGACUUCGAGGGCGGAUUCCUCAGGAAGUUCCGCGCGCGCUUCCCCGACCAGCCCUUCAUCGCGCUCGAGGACCGGCGCGGCUUCUGGGUGUCGGAGCAGUACGGCCGACUGCGGCCAGGGCUGAGCGAGAAGGCCAUCAGCAUUUGGGAGUCAAAGAAUUUCUUUUUUGAACUUGAGCCUCUGCCAGGGGCCGUGGAAGCUGUGAAGCAGAUGGCCAAUCUACAAAAGAGUGCAGGCAGAGAGCCCCUGAGGGCCUGGACCCAACCUGGAGAGGUCAGCGGAGGAGUAGACGGGGAGUCUGGGCCCAGCAGCUGGCGAGGAGCUGGAAUGGAGGAGGAAGAGAGCCCAGUGGCAGCACUGACGUCUUCAUCUGCACAAGCCCCAUCAAGAUGUUCAAGUACUGUCCCUAUGAGAAGAAUUAGAAUUGCAUGACAUUGAGACCUUUCUGGAAAUUGGGAACAUGAAGUGGCCAAACCCAGAGGAAAGGUCUGUGACCCUGGAGGAGGUGCUCGUGCUGGAGGCCAGAGCAGCUCUUCCCAAAUUCAGGAAGGCGAGAUCUUCAGCCUGGAGCCCCUCCUGCUCUGGGGGCAUCAAAUCUUCAGGCAUGAGUUCUUUCAGGGGUCUUCACAUGAUCUUUCUCUCUGGAUUCCUUUUUUUUUUUUUGAAGAUGGAGUUUUGCUCUUGUUGUCACCCAGGCUGGAGUGCAGUGGCACAAUCACGGCUCACUGCAACCUCCGCCUCCCGGGUUCAAGCGAUUCUCCUGCCUCAGCCUCCUCAGUAGCUGGGAUUACGAGUGCCCACCACCACAGCCUCCUCAGUAGCUGGGAUUAUGAGUGCCCACCACCAUGUUCAGCUAUUUUUUUCUGUAUUUUUAGUAGAGAUAGGGUUUUGCCAUGUUGGCUGGGCUGGUCUCAAACUCCUGAGCUCAGGUCAUCCACCCACCUGGGCCUUCCAAAGUGCUGGGAUUCCAGGCAUGAGCCACAGGCCUGGUCUGGAUUCCAUAUUUAAAUGAAAUUGACAGCCUGGCACAGUGUACUCCCAGCUACUCAGGAGGAGGCUAAGGCAGACACUUUUUUAGCUGGAGUUUCACUGGGUGGCCAUGGUGGUCAACCAACAACUGUGGGAGUGAGAUUAACAACGUGGCCUCAUUCAUCCGUUCCUGGGGAUUAGAUACUGUCUUUGCGCCGGUCGUCCCACCUUUGUAGCCUCAGCCCAGGACUGCCCUCGAGCUCCAGACACUCAGACCGGACGUAUCUGUCCCUGGGAUGCUGAUUUCCUUGCCAUGUCCUUCCUUCCCUCCCAGUGGGUGGCAGUGCUGUCUGCCGGCCUCAGGUCAGAAAUCAGGGGCUGUCCUGACGAAUCUUCUCUAACCACUCACCUCCAGCAUGUCGGUGCAUCCCAUGUCUUGUGGGACUGAUUUCUAAACCACAUCUGGCACUUGUCUGCUUCUCUCUUCUCACUGCCACCACCCUGGUGUUUCCUCCCAGAGCAGCUGAUGGGGCCUCCUAAACUGCCUGCUCCUCUCAGUUCCAUGUGGGCUGACAAGGCCUCUCACACAGCAGAUCAUGGCAGCUCCUGACUUGAAACCUCUUUAUGGUUUCCCUUUAGAAACCAUGUACACGUGCCUGAGCAUGACCUGCAGGGCCUACCAGGGCCCCCUCCCCAUCUGCUUCUCCAGCAGCUUUUGGCUUGGAAUGUUCUCCUCCCAUCCCCAGCCCUGGUGCCUUCUCGUCCAUGAGGCCUCCACCCAGAAGUCUCCCCACAUUUUGUGACUGUCAUGUCCAUCUUGGUUUUUGGAUAACACUUCCCACCACUUGAAAUGGGUUUAUGUUUUCAUCGACGGCUUGUUCUUUGUCCAUCUCCCAACUGGGCCAGGACCUGUGCCGGCUGGGCUCUCAUUGUCCUGCCCACUGCCAAGCCCAGCGCCCAGCACAGGGUGGCACACUGUGAGUACUCAGCGUUUGUUGUUAGAUGAGUAGAUUCAUUUGUCCAACAGAGAGUUACUAAACACCUGCGAGCAACAGGGCUUGGCGCUCAUUUGAUGCUUUGAUAUGCCAGGCGCUGUCCUAUUAUCGCUUUGGACGUUUAUAACAGCUGCCUGUGAAACAAGAAAACUUCUGAUUUGACAGAUGAAGAAACUGAGGCUCAGAGGGAUGAGGCAGCUCAUGUACUGGGUCUGACGCUUGCCAGCGAGGCCUGCUCCAGGUCUGCCUGUCGAGAGCCUGUGCCCACCGCCUGUAUGUUCCCUGGCAGGUAGCUAGCUUUCACUCACUAGAGAGGAUUUGGAAACAGUGUGGAUUUAAGAGGAAGGGGAUGUCAGUUAGGACCCUAGUCCCAGCAACAUCAACAGCCUCUGGCUAACUUGAACAAAGGCAGGACCGAUUAGAAGGAUGUUGCUUUGCUCAGGGAAUCAAAGGGAAGCCUGAGGAAGCAGGCCUGAGACCACAGGGGCAGAGCACACAGACUCUCCAGCAAAGAGUCCAAGAUGCUGGAACCCCCUUUCUCCAUCCUUGGGUUUCACUGCCCAAGGUUCAUAGUCCCAGGAGAAGGAGGCCCAUCAGCUGAGCUUGGGUCCCACACCUAGCCCUGGGUGCCCUGACAGACUGUCCUAAGAGGCCACAGCUGGUGGCAGAGGUGUGACUUUCCAGAGGAGUUGAGGUGCCAUUGCCAGAAGAAGGGGCACACUGAUGGUGGAUGUCCUGAUCGAACUAAAUGAAAGAGGAAAGGCAACAAGAAUCCACAUCUGCAGUCCCACCACCUGGAGAGGGAUGCUGUUAGCACUUUGAUCUGUUUCUUUCUAGCUUUUUUUGGCAGGGGCGGGGUCUCACUAUGUCACUCAGGCUGGAGUGCAGUGGCGCCAUCUCAACUCACUGCAACAUCUGCCUCCCACGUUCAAGCAAUCCUCCUGCCUCAGCCUCCUGAGUAGCUGGGAUUACAGGUGCAUGCCACCACGCCCAGCUAACUUUUUUAUUUUUAAUAGAAAUGGGUUUCAUCAUGUUGACCAAGCUGGUCUUGAGCUCCUGACCUUGUGAUCUACCCACCCCAGCCUCCCAGAGUGGUUUUUCUUUGAUGUGUUUUAAAUAUAAUACAUGGGCCGGGCACGGUGGCUAACGCCUGUAAUCCCAACACUUUGGGAGGCUGAGGCAGGCGGAUCAUGAGGUCAGGAGUUCAAGACCAGACUGGCCAACAUGGUGAAACCCCAUCUCUACUAAAAAAUACAAAAAUUAGCUGGCAUGGUGGCUCAUGCCUGUAAUCCCAGCUACUUGGGAGGCUGAGGUAGGAGAAUUACUUUAACUGGGACCCUGGAGGUGGAGGUUGCAGUGAGCCAGGAUCGCGCCACUGCACUCUGGCCUGGGCUACAGAGAGACUCCAUCUCAAAAUAAUAAUAAUGCAUGUAUUUAACAAAGCUUAUGUCCUGUAUGGUUUUCUUUUUCUGCUUAGGAAUAUAUUUUUAGCCUUUUUUCUGUUAUCAAACACUCUUCAGAAAUAGGAUUUUUUUUUUUUUUUUGAGGCAGAGUCUAGCUCUGUGGUCCAGGUUGGAGUGCAGUGGCAUGAUUUGGGCUCACUGCAACUUCUACCUCCUGGGUUUAAGUGAUUCUCAUACCUCAGUCUCCCAAGCAGCUGGAACGACAAGUGUGUGUCACCAUGCCCGCCGAAUUUUAUAUAUAUAAUUUUUUUUUUUUUUUUGAGAUGGAGUUUCGCUCUUGUUGCCCAGGCUGCAGUGCAAUGGCGCGAUCUUGGCUCACCGCAACCUCCGCCUCCUGGGUUCAGGCAAUUCUCCUGCCUCAGCCUCCUGAGUAGCUGGGAUUACAGGCACGCGCCACCAUGCCCAGCUAAUUUUUUGUAUUUUUAGUAGAGACAGGGUUUCACCAUGUUGACCAGGAUGGUCUCGAUCUGUUGACCUCGUGAUCCACCCGCCUCGGCCUCCCAAAUAAUUUUUUAUAUUUUCAAUAGAGGUGGGGUUUCACCACAUUGGCCAGGCUGGUCUCAAACUCCUGGCCUCAAAGUGGUCUGCCCACCUUGGCCUCCCAAAGUGCUGGGAUUACAGAUGGAAGCCACCAUGCCUGGCCAGAAACAUUAUUAUUAAUAGCUGAUGGCAUCUUGUGAGUAAGUCUUUGUAUGGUCAUGUCCUUAGGGUGAAUUCCAAGAAAUAGAACUCCUGGAUCAUGUGAGAAAAGGUAGGGUUUGGGUAAAUAUCACACAGAAAAUUUAUUCAUUUCCACUGCACCAGCCGUGGGCAGGGUCCUCUCCUCCUGCCAGUGGGUAGGCUGUGCCACGUAGGGUCAGUCAGUAGAGGAAGUGGGCCAUUGAACAAACACACGAAGACGGGAAAGUGCGCAGCACAUUUGAGGAAUUCGGGAUGAAUUUGUUGGCUGGUGGCUACAGGGGCUUGGGUUGGGCCAGGUGAAGUGGAUUAGUUUAUUCCAAUCUCCCAGCUGUCGUCAUGGUUUGGCCACACCACCACCUCUAACCCUAGAACUAAGACAAGGGGGAAAGUGUGGGCGAGAUGUAAGUAAGACGAAGGUUGCUCCAGGCACCCCCUUGCCCACUGUUCAUGCCCCUCCCAUCCCUGUAGACUGGCACUUCUUCCCUGGCUGAGGGCGGGCAGGUAUUAACAGUUCCUCUACUCCAUGCCUGGGGCUGGCAAGGUAGGGCUGGAGGUGGGUCUCCAGACAUGUCUACACAGGACAGAGGUCUCCAACAUGGUAGCCCCAGUCUAGGCUCAGGCCCCAGACCAUGCACACUUCCUCAACAGCUCUGUGCACCGAGUAGGAUCAGCCUUUGUGGCCAGAAGUGGGAACUUUUAUCCUUGGUUGAUUUUCUUUCAAGACCCAGUCAGAGGACAGGAACCUGACUGCCAUCAGCUCUCCCUCUUUCUCACAUGGAGGGAGUUGAGUUGGGUAACAUUCAGGUUACCAGAACCUUCUUUCUGGCUGGAAAGAAGGUUUCCAACAUUCUAAACCCCUGGGUAAUAGUUAACAGUAGAUUAAAACUGGGUAAUAGUUAACAGUAGCCAAGCUGGUCGUAUAUGGCUGCAAGGGCUUGCCCUGUAGUGAUGCAUUUAGCCUCAUGUAGCCCUACACAAUAGGUACUGUUAUUAUCCCUGUUCUACAGAUGGGGAGACAGAGGCACAGGGUCAGUAGCCAGAAAGUGGGGAGUUGGACUUCAGAGCCCGGGCUCUGCUCCUCAGCCUCAGUGCCUCCUCUCGGACUCCCUGACUCAGAACUGAAGCAGCAUGACCUGUACCUUUUCACCCUGCAGAGAGAUUUAAAAAUCCACAGCAAGUUCUUCAUGCACAGGCAUAACAUUUUACUCUGAAAUUUUCCCAUUCAAAAAGGGGAGUAAUCACAAGCCAAAUUAAGGGAGGGUCUUGGGUAUGAAGGGGGAUGUGCUCUUCUGACUUGAAGUCUGGUUUCCAGAUGAAAUGUCUGCCUUGUUCGACAUUGAUUUUUAGAAUAAAUGUCAAAAAUUCCCACUUCAGGCCAGGUGCAGUGGCUCACGCUUGUAAUCCCACUUUGGGAGGCUGAGGCAGGAGCAUCACUUGAACCUAGGAGUUGGAGACUGGCCUGGACAACAGAGUGAGACCCCAUCUCUAAUAAAAAGAAAUGAGCUGAGUGUGCUGGUGUGUGUCUGUAGUUGCAGCAUUUUGGGAAGCUGAGGUGGGAGGAUUGCUUGAGCCUGGGAGGUCAAGGCUGCAGUGAGCUAUGAUCAUGCCACUGCAUUCCAGGCUUAGUGACAGAAUAAGUCUCUGUCUCAAAAAAUAAAUAAAUAACCAACCCACUUCUUAAUUGAGCCUCUUCCUUUAACCUGAAAUAAAAACCUAAAAACAUAUUUUUUGUUUUGAGACAGAGUCUCGUUCUGUUGCCCACUCUGGAGUGCAGUGCAACCUCCACCUCCUGGGUUCAAGCAAUUCUCCUGCCUCAGCCUCCCAAGUAACUGGUAUUACAGGCAACUGCCACCAUGCCUGGCUAAUUUUUAUAUUUUUAGUAGAGACGGAGUUUCACCAUAUUGGCUAGGCUAGUCUCGAACUCCUGACCUCGGGUGCUCUACCCACUUCGGGCCCCUAAAGUGCUGGGAUUACAGAUGUGAGCUACCACACCUAGCCAAUAUAGACCUUUUUUUUAAACUUAAUAUAAUGAAUUUCUUUGCACAUAUAUAUGUAGGGGGGUGUGUGUGUGUGUGAUUUUUUUUUUUUUUUUUUUUUUUGAGUCUUGCUCUGUUGCCCAGGCUGGAGGGUAGUGGUGCAAUCUUGGCUCACUGCAACCUCUGCCUCCUGGAUUCUAGCAAUUCUCCUGCCUCAGCCUGUAGCUGGGAAUACAGGUGCACGCCACCAUGCCUGGCUAAUUUUUUGUAUUUUAGUAGAGACAGAAUUUCAUCAUGUUGCCCAGGCUGGCCUUGAACUCCUGAGCUCAGGCAAUCUGCCUGCCUCUGCCUCACAGAGUGCUAGGAUUACAGGUGUGAGCCACGGCACCCAGCCUUCUUUGCAUAUUUUACUCUGAAUUUUCAGUUGCUCCUGGUACCUUUUCCAGUUGCUCCCUGUAGGACUUAUGCUAAAAGGCUUGGGACUUUCUCUUGGCACUAGAAGAAGUCCUAGGUUCUUUUGGGAAUGGCAUGGGGGCCACACUGCCAGCCUUCAGGAGCUUCGCCUGGAGUUCCUGAACCCCACUCUCACCCCCGCCAUGCCAUCUCAAUGAGGCUCAUGAUGUGUUUUUUGGCAUGUUUCUGGCCCAUACCAGUGUUUAUUUUAAAAAUUGUCUGUUCCUGCUAAUUGGCUUGAGGUUUCUUUUAGGGGUAAUGCAAACAUUCUAGAAUUUAGAUAGUGGUAAUGGUUGCAUAACAUUGUCGAUACACUAAUGACCAAUGAAUUGUAUGCUUUAAAUUGGUGAAUUUCAUGGUAUGUGAAUUACAUUUCCCGAGAAAAUAAAAUUGGCUGUUCAGAUGGCUAAUAAUUCCAAAACUAACCCACUCCUUUUAGUUAGAUCUGGCCAUUUUAUCAUUGUAAUAGGCAUUGUAGACAAAAGCGCAUGAUCCCUUUAUUUAUGUAACUUUUUUAAAGACAGGGUCUUGCUCUGUUGCCCAGGCUGGAGAGUAGUGGUACAAUCAUAGCUCACUGCAGCCUCUUAACUCCUGGGCUCAAGUGGUCCUCUUGCCUCAGCCUCCCACUGGUUAGGAUUAUAGGCACAUGCCACCACACCCAGCUAAUUAAAAACAUGUUUUUGAAGAUGGGGUCUCCCUGUGUUGCCUAGGCUGGUCUCAAACUCCUGGCCUCAAGUGAUCCUCUUGCCUUGGCCUUCCAAAGUGCUGAGAUUACAGGCAUGAGCCGUCGUGCCUGGUCACAAUACCUUUAAAGUGUCCUAGAUCAAGCCAUUCAUUCUGAAAACCUCCAGCUUUAUGGUAUUAUUUUUCUAACUGUGUCAUUCACCCACCUCUCACACCUGCAUACCCCACCCUCCCUGAUUUGAGGCUUGUCUUGAGAUCUGCUCAUCUGAGUGGAGCAGGACUCUGUCCCUUCCAACAUUCUACCUGCCAGGGAUUGUGUCUAGCUCACACAGCUCUAGUUCUAAUGUGUGCAUUUGGUGGUGGGCCUGUGAGCCACGUGGCACAGGGAAGGCGGGGAGGUAGGAAUGAGAGCUGCCAGCCAUCUGCCCCUCUGAUGUUUUCCAGCACUGUUCUCUGCCAGCCUCCCCCUUUACUCCUGUGUCUUCUUGGUAAUCACUGGUCUCUUUGCUCUCGAGGUGGUUCAUGGACUUCCUGCCUGCACCCCUGGGUCUUGGAGAGAGGGCCUCCCCGGGAGUCCUGCCCACAGUUCUUUAGCUGCAUGUAGUUUUAGGUUCCAUGGCAGGCAUUUUUUCUGAUUCUGGUCUAGAACGACAGAACCGCUUUAUGCUUGAAUACCUUUACAUUCACCUGGGCUGAACUAUUUUCU